AGUAGCGCUCAAAAAGACACAAAUGCCUUAAAAUAGAAAGUUUACUCGAAUUAAAUACAGAAAGUGUACUAUUCACAAUUUGAGAAUCAGAAAAAUUCAUUGUAAGUCCAAAAGCUCCACCAAUUUCUGAAGAAAGAACUCAUCAAUCAGAAAGGUCAUUCCUUUCGUUUCCGGUUUCGGUUUCGGGUUGAAAAUGGUGACAGCAACAGCAAGCUAUGAAGACAAAAGGAAGCAGAGAUUGGAGGAAAACAAGAAAAGGAUGGAGCAACUUAAUCUCCAUAAACUUGCUCAAGCUCUUAAACCUUCCCCCAGAAAAACCCAUUAUUCUUCCCCUGCCAAGAAGGUGAAGGCAAGAUCAAGCGAUUUCGGUGUCUCGUCUGUUCGUCGUUCGUCUCGAACGGCUGAUAAACCUCCUCCCAAUUACAAAGAGUAUGCAAUGGAGCCUAUUUCGGAAGUUAGAAGGAUAUACAAGUACAAGAGAAGGGAUAUUCUGAAUCGAGUUUACGCCUCGGAUAAGGAUAGGGUUUAUGCUAUUGAGAGAGCUGAAGAACUUGAACAACAAUUAGGCUCGGAAUUUCCUGCCUUCAUCAAACCAAUGCUUCAAUCUCAUGUUACUGGAGGGUUUUGGUUGAGUUUUCCUAUCCCAUUUUGCAAGAUCCACCUUCCAGAUGACGACGAGAUGGUCACUCUAGUUGAUGAAGAUGGUGAUGAAUGGAAGGCCAAGUACCUUGCUAGAAAGAAUGGACUUAGUGGUGGAUGGAGAGGAUUUUCUAUUGAUCAUGAAUUGGUUGAUGGAGAUGCCCUUGUUUUCCAGCUCAUUGAACCAACUACCUUUAAGGUCUACAUCAUUCGGGUGAAUUCCACUGAAGAAGAUGAAGAGCAGGAAUAGUGAGGGGACAGAAAGGCUGCCAAAAAAAAAAUAAAAUAGAGCAGGUAAAGGUUGAUGAUGAUGCUGAGGUUACUUCCAGAUUCAUUUUGCUUAAAAAAACGGUCAUAGGCUCAUUACUUGUUAGCGUUUGAAGACUAUCUUAUCUUCCAUUUUGACUUCGGAUAGGCUAUGGUUCGUGUAUGUAGUUGACUCAAUGAAGAAAUAUAUUUUGACUGUAGAAGAACCCAAGUAAUUACAUAAUGUGAAUAUGGUACCUUUUAAACA